GGCGGAGAACCUGGUGCGCGGCGGCGACCACCUCGUCCUCGUCACCGUCCUCAAGGAGGCGCUCUACGAGGAGGGCGAGAUGCAGCUCUGGGAGGCCACCGGAUCUCCAUUCAUCCCUCUCUCUGAGUUCUCUGACCCUGGUAUUGCGAAGAAGUAUGGAGUGAAGCCCGAUGCUGAAACACUGGAUAUUCUUAACACUCUAGCCAGGCAAAAGGAGGUGGUGGUGGUUAUGAAAAUCUACUGGGGAGAUGCCCGUGAAAAGAUUUGCGAAGCUAUCAAUAACAUUCCCCUGAGCUGCAUUGUUAUGGGAAGCAGAGGGCUCGGCAAGAUAAAGAGGGUUUUGUUGGGCAGCGUAAGUGAUUAUGUGGUGAACAAUGCUCCAUGUCCGGUCACUGUUGUAAAGGGCACCGAUCGCGAAGCCUAACUCAUUUUCCAAGUAUCAAGCUGAGCUUUACUCGUCGACAGGGCUUUGUUUGGCGCUCCUCUUUCCGGUAAAAUAAGAAACUUUUGAGUUCUUGAAUUAUGCUAAAUGAGUGUUCUUUUUCGUAACUUAUGCUUGUAUAUUAUGCGUGUUUUGUUGUGUAGUAUUUGCUCUGCUAUGUGAGAAACAAAUGUUAUGCUAACCGGUUGUUUAUGGUUUAAAUAAAUGGGUUAUUGUCAUAUA